UGCUGCUCUGCCUCGAGACCACAAGCGAUCCAGCUGGCGCAGAUCAAAGAUCCCGGUCUGUCCUCCUUCUCUCCCUCCUGUGUGAACCUUCGCCCUCCCACCUCGUCCAGACCACCUGCCGUCGUAGUCACCACGUCGAUCAACCACCAUGGCUGGAUCAAAGAAGAACAAAAAGUCGGGUGCCAAGAAGACCGCAGAUCAACCCGCUCCGGCUGUGGAGCCUGCCGCCGCCGUAGAGCAGGCCCAGGAGCAGGCCCAGGAGCAGUCUCUCCAUGAGCAUGCCGCUGUGCCGGUUGACCCGCCAGUCGAGUACCAGACCUUCCCCCUGACCGUUCUCCUGCCCCGAAACCAGGGCCAGCUUCAGUUCUUGGUCCAUCCCCACGUCACCAUCUCGGAGAUCCGCCAGCUCAUCUUUGACUCUCCAGAGGCCAAGUUUUACACCUGCUUCUAUCUGACCUUCAGCGGCAAGCGCCUGACUGAGGUCACCGAGCUUGGCGAUAUCCCGGAGCUGUCAACCGAUAGUGCUCUGCAGAUGAUGGAAGAUGUCUAUACCGACAGAGAGGUCCGUGUCCACAUCACCCGAUGCCGCGAGAUCUUGACCAACUUCCAGUCGCCUAUUCCAACCUUUGGCGUCGAUCCCUCUCCCACGUUUCUGUCGACGAUCAAAGUCGGCGAGCCUUUGGAUUCCAAGACCCACGCCUUCUCGGAUUACGACUUUGAUCACCCUGCCGACAAGUCUUCUCUCUCGGACUUUGUUCCUGUCACCUGGAGCACCGAGGGCGAAUUGUGUCUGAAGCAGCUGACCAUCUCGGCCUGGAACCCGCCACCCUUCUACCGCAAAACAGCCGGCGAUCUGAUGUACCUCACUGCCGUCACCCUCGACGAUCAAGCCUUGCACAUCACGGCUUCGUCCUCGGGCUUCUUUGUCUCCAGCUCCACCGAUGACACCUUUGAUCCCAAGCCCCAUCCGACUCGAUCCGCUCGAGCACACACCUUGCCGGGCUGCUUGUCAAAGGCCAGCCCCUCCUUCGAGACUACUUUUGCCAAGGUUUUCCAGGACGCCACUGCCCGCCAUCCUUUCGAGUACAUCAUCUCCAACUCAGGCGUCUAUCCCUGGGCCGUCCGCACCCGCAAGCACCGCGCCGAUGCCGGCCGAGCUCUCGAUGCCUAUGUCAAUGCUGCCGAUGCCAUGGAAUCGUUUGGCGCCCGAGACUGGAACGAGGAGCUCCAGACGGCUCGCGAGCUGCCCAAGGACAGCCCCCAGGAGCGGGUCCUGCGCGACCAAGCCAUCUUCAAGCUGCACUCGGAGUUUGUCGAUGCCUCGAUCCGCGGUGCCAUGGCCAUCGUCGAUCGCAGCGUCAUGUCGCUGAACCCGAACGAGGUCGAUCAGGCCCAGAUGUUCCUGCACAACAACAUCUUCUUCUCAUACGACCACCGCGAGAACUUUGAGCAUAUCGGCGGACCGGCUGCUGCCCAUGUUGCCGUCAGCAAGGACGUUGAUGGCGUUCGCGCCCUCUCCAACAUUGAUCUCGACGGCGUUUACACCCUCGGCACCACAGUCAUCGAUUGGAGAGGCUACCGCAUCGUCGCGCAGACCAUUGUGCCGGGCAUCCUCAAGGUUCAGAAGGAGAAGGAGUCUUCGAUCAAGUACGGCUCUAUCGAUGGCCGAAACCAUGUCGUGGCUGACAGCGAGUUCCACGAAGCCGCCGCCCAAAUCGCCGAGGCUCUGCAUCUGGACGAGCAUCAGAUCGUCGGCUCCGAGGGCUCCCAUCAGCUUUAUACUUCCAUCGACACCAAGGGCGUUCUUGGAACGGACGGCCGCAAGUACUUCCUGGAUCUGUACCGCAUCACCCCACUGGACACGAUCUUCCUGCAGGAAACGGCCGAGGAGAGCGACAUGCCCAAAUACCCACACGGCAUCCCUCUUCUCCGCACCGAGCUGAUCGAGCACUUUUACAGUCGCAAGGUCGAAGAGUUCCUCAUCCAGAACCAGGAAAAGCUGGCCAAGGCAAAAGAUGGCGAGAUCGACCCCGAGUCCCUCAAGUUCAGCCUCAAGUUCAAUGUGGAUGCGCUGACUCAGUCUGUCGAAGGCGAUGGCGCCGUGGCAUCUUCUGAGCAAGAGGAGGUUGUCCGUGAAGCCUCUCGGUUCCUUAACGGCAUUGCUCUGCCCAACUUGGUCAUCCAACUGGUCAACUACAGUCUGAACAUCCCGAUCGACGGCGAAGGGCUCACGCGCUUCUUCCACCGCCGCGGUGUCAACAUGCGAUACCUCGGCAAAAUUGCCAAGCUCUUUGAUGACCUCAAGGAGUCGCCUGUGGCCUACUUGAAGGACCUCUGCAUUCAGGAGAUGAUUGCCCGCGCCGCCAAGCAUAUCCUCCGCAAGCUGCUGCGCGACACUCCAGCCUUCCUGGUUGCCGAAUGUGUUGCCCACUUUUUCAACUGCCUCCUCUCCAGCAGCGACGCCGUGCUCACGGCUAAUCUGGACACAUUCCACCAGAACGUCUUGGACGAAUCGACGACCCUGCCCUUCUCGGACCUGACCCCGAGCAAGCUCUGGGGACUUGUGACCGAGGAGGUGGCCUGCCGCUUCCGAUUUGCUCUGCCCAGCGACUUCAAGAUCGCCAAGCCCACGCCCCUUGUUCGGUCGCUGUGCCUCAAAGUCGGUAUCCAGAUCGAGGCUCGUGGCUACGAUUGGACUUCUCGCCAUGGCAUCUUCACUGCGGCCGAUAUCAUCAGUCUGUAUCCUGUCGUCAAGCACGCCGAGCCCAAGACCAACUUUGGCGACGAUGCUGUUGACAGUGGCAUCAAUAGCCUGGACAGCAACCCUAAGCUCGGAACAGAGCUGCUCAACGAAGCUCUUUCCAUCUACGAGCAAGUCUACGGCCCGAUCCACCCAGACACACAGCGCCUCUACGGCCGUCUCGCCAUGCUCCAACUGCAGGCGCAGGAGACAGAGGCUGCGCUAUCUCUCCAAAGAAAGGCCGUCAUUUGCACCGAGCGAAUCUAUGGUGUCGACGACCCUGAGACUGCUCAGCAAUACAUGCACCUGGGCUACUUUGAGUUCCUGAACGGCAACACCAAUCUGGCCCUCACAUAUAUGCGCCACGCCGUCAAGUACUGGGAGUUGCUCUCGCUCUCUCAUGCCAGCGCCGAGACACCAACGGCCGACGACCACAUUGGUGCCAUGCUGGCCAAGCUGGAGGACUGGGAGCUCUCCUUCAAGUUCUACGAGCGCUGCACCGAGAAGAACGAGGCUCUGCUGACAAAGGACCAUCCGGCCACCAUCCAGUCGUACCAGGCACUCACUCAGAGUGCUCUCAAGAUCGGAGACUUCCGCAAGGCUCUGAACAUCCAGCGCUCUGUCUACAACUACUGCAAAGCCAAGCUGGGUGACGACCACGAGCGCACCAAGGAGAUUGCCGAUAUUCUCAAGUCGCUGACCGAACGUGCGGUUCUGGAAGCUCGUUCGAAGCUGGAGCACGCCGCGGCUCCUGUCAAGACUGGCGGCGAGACCGUCGUUCCGGCCCAGCCAUCGCAGCCCAGCGAGACCGGUGCCUCUGGCGCCAAGAAGAGUGGCAAGAAGGGCAAGUCCGCCGGAAAGUAGCGGCGUCGAGUGUGCGUCCGUGCGACACAAUCGAUGAGCGAGCCCACGACAUCCAGGGUGCCAACGAGGUCGUUUGGUUGAGGAUCGAGGCGCAUGUGUCGCUCGCGCGAGCCGCCGAUAUGGCAGAUUUCGCUCUGGAGCCGAUGCCAUCUCCAUAGGCCGGUCGAUGAUGCAGCCGUUGCAAAAUAUAGCCAAUCCAAUAAAAACGGACACCCCGGAUGUUGAACAA